AUGAAAUCAAUCCUCUUCUUCACUCUUUACGCUGCUUCUGGCAUUGCCCAGGAAAAUGUCGCUGAAAACAGUAGCACCAAGAGCCCCAUUCUCCAUCUCAGCGAAGACGACAAUUUCAACUUUGACAUUCUCACCGGUCUAGGCCAAGCUCAUAACGACGGCGCAGACAUCAAUCCUGUUCUUUCUGUUGCAAAAGAUAUUAUCCCAGGCGACUUUGAAAGCUACAGUAAGGAAUGGUUCAAGCUUGCGAACCUGACCAAAACUCAAGCCCUCGAUCCUGAAAUCGCCUAUAACCCCAUCAAUGUGAGGGCUACGUGGUUCUCGAUUGCCAACUACUUCCGUCGAGCUGAUGUGUACAAUCGGGCUGACUGGGAUGACCCACGCAUCAAUGACUACUGGGAUGAGCAAACAUCUGCUUUUAACAAAGCCAUCGCUGCAUUGCCCGUUCCAGGUGAAAGAGUUGAUAUUCCCUCUACCACCGGGUCUUUCAACAUCUCCGGAAUCUGGUAUUCACAGCCUCAUACCAACAACAGUACCAAGAAGCAUCCAACACUCAUUCUUACUCAAGGCUUUGAUGCUGCUCAAGAGGAUCUGUACUCCACCAUUGUCGCACCCGGACUUGCUCGCGGUUACAACAUCUUCUCGUUUGAAGGUCCUGGUCAGCCAACUCCCCGCAGAGAGCAGGGUGUGGGAUUUAUCCCAGACUGGGAGCAGGCUGUGACACCGGCAGUCGACUAUCUGCUCACUCAGAAAGCUGCUUUCGUGGAUCCCAAAAAGCUGAUUCUGUACGGGCAUUCUUUUGGCGGCUAUCUCGCGGCUCGUGCAGCUGUGUUUGAACCGCGCCUCUCAGCACUGAUGCUCAACGGUGGAGUCCUCGACGGGUACGAAGCAUACACGAACUUUCUCCCCUCAAAGCUGCUCAAGAUACUCGAAUCUGGUGAGAAAGAAGCAUUUGACAAGGCCAUGAAUGCCUUGCUAGACGACCCAGAUGCCUCCACCGAUCUCAAGUGGGGUAUGCUUCAGGCAAAGUGGGCAUUCAAGACCAAGUCAAUCUAUGAGUUUUUCCAAAUGACAAAGGAGUACACUCUGAAGGGUGGCCUAUUGGAUCGUAUCAAGAUUCCUGUCUGGCUUGCCGAUGGUGAAUACGAGACUCUUAUGGCGGGUCAGUCAAAGCUCGUCAAGGACCAACUGGGAAAUAAUGCGGAGCUGCAUUUCUUUAACGGUACUUCUGGAUUCCAUUGCCAGACUGGAGCUACCCAGGAACUGGCCAGAGUCAUGUUUGCCUGGUUGGAUAAAGUCUUGGGCUCUUGA